GAGCACGAGGACCGGAACCCCCAAAAUGAAAGUGGAUCGGACGAAACUGAAGAAAACCCCCACGGAGGCGCCCGCCGACUGCCGGGCCCUCAUCGAGAAGCUGAAGGGCUGCAGCGACGAGCAGCUGGUGACAGAGCUGCAGCAGAUCAAGACAUGGAACAUUGGGAAGUGCGAGCUGUACCACUGGGUGGACCUGCUGGACCGCUUCGACGCGCUGCUGGCCGAGGCGGGCCGGCCGGUGGAGGCCAUGAGCUGGAUGCUGGCCUGCGACCGGCCCGAGCGCCAGCCCCUCAAGGCCCUGCUGCUGGCCCUGCUCAACUUCACGGCCCUGCUCAUCGAGUACAGCUUCUCCCGCCACCUCUACAGCUCCAUCGAGCACCUGACCACGCUGCUGGCCUCCUCGGACAUGCACGUGGUGCUGGCCGUGCUCAACCUGCUCUACGUGUUCAGCAAACGCUCCAACUACAUCACCCGCCUGGGCUCCGAGCGCCGCGGGCCCCUGCUGGCCCGCCUGCAGCACCUGGCCGAGAGCUGGGGUGGAAAGGAGAAUGGAUUUGGGCUGGCUGAGUGCUGCCGGGACCUGCACAUGAUGAAAUACCCCCCCAGUGCCACCACCCUGCACUUCGAGUUCUACGCUGAGCCGGGCGUCGAGGUCAAGGUGGACAAGAGGGCCACCAGCACCACCCUGCACUACAUCCACAUCGAGCAGCUGGACAAGAUCUCAGAGAGCCCUUCGGAGAUCAUGGAGUCCCUGACCAAGAUGUACAGCAUCCCCAAGGACAAGCAGAUGCUGCUGUUCACCCACAUCCGCCUGGCCCACGGCUUCUCCAACCACAAGAAGCGGCUGCAGGCGGUGCAGGCGCGGCUCCACGCCAUCUCCAUCCUGGUGUACUCCAACGCGCUGCAGGAGUCGGCCAACAGCAUCCUGUACAACGGGCUGAUCGAGGAGCUGGUGGAUGUGCUGCAGAUCACCGACAAGCAGCUGAUGGACAUCAAGGCGGCCUCCCUGCGGACGCUGACGUCCAUCGUGCACCUGGAGCGCACGCCGAAGCUCAGCAGCAUCAUCGACUGCACCGGCACCGCCUCCUACCACGGCUUCCUGCCCGUGCUGGUGCGCAACUGCAUCCAGGCCAUGAUCGACCCUUCCAUGGAGCCCUACCCCCACCAGUUUGCCACGGCGCUCUUCUCCUUCCUGUACCACCUGGCCAGCUACGACGCGGGCGGCGAGGCGCUGGUGUCGUGCGGCAUGAUGGAGGCGCUGCUCAAGGUGAUCAAGUUCCUGGGGGACGAGCAGGACCAGAUCACGUUUGUCACGCGGGCGGUGCGGGUGGUGGAUCUGAUCACCAACCUGGACAUGGCCGCCUUCCAGUCACACAGCGGGCUGUCCAUCUUCAUCUACCGCCUUGAGCACGAGGUGGACCUGUGCCGCCGCGAGUGUCCCUUCGUCAUCAAGCCCAAAGUGCAGCGCCCACCCGCUGCCACCCUGCCCGAGGGCGAGGACAUGGAGACGGACAUGGAGGUGACCGACAUGGCCAUGGAGAGCAGCCCCGGCCCCUCGGCCGAAGCCCGGCCGGAGCCGGUGCCACCAGCCCCGCCUGCCGUGCCCAGCACCAGCGCUGCCACCCCCUCCCCGCGCGGCGGAGUGCAGUGCAUCCCCCAGCGCGCCGCUUUGCUCAAAUCCAUGCUGAACUUCCUCAAAAAAGCCAUCCAAGAUCCCGCCUUCUCCGACGGCAUCCGGCACGUGAUGGAUGGCUCGCUGCCCACCUCGCUGAAGCACAUCAUCAGCAACGCCGAGUACUACGGCCCCUCGCUGUUCCUGCUGGCGACCGAGGUGGUGACGGUCUUCGUGUUCCAGGAGCCCUCGCUGCUGUCCUCGCUGCAGGACAACGGCCUCACCGACGUCAUGCUGCAUGCUCUGCUCAUCAAGGACGUGCCGGCGACGCGGGAGGUGCUGGGCUCGCUGCCCAACGUGUUCAGCGCGCUGUGCCUGAACGCGCGGGGGCUGCAGAGCUUCGUGCAGUGCCAGCCCUUCGAGCGCCUCUUCAAGGUGCUGCUGUCCCCCGACUACCUGCCCGCCAUGCGCCGCCGCCGCAGCUCCGACCCCCUGGGUGACACAGCCUCCAACUUGGGCAGCGCCGUGGACGAGCUGAUGCGGCACCAGCCCACGCUCAAGACCGAUGCCACCACUGCCAUCAUCAAGCUGCUGGAGGAGAUCUGCAGCCUGGGCCGGGACCCCAAGUACAUCUGCCAGAAGCCGUCGAUGCAGAAGGCGGACGGGACGGCGGCCGCGCCGCCCCCGCGCUCGCCCCACGCCGCUGAGGAGGCCUCGAGCGAGGAUGAGGAGGAGGAGGAGGUGCAAGCCAUGCAGAGCUUCGGGGCUGCCCAGCAGAGCGAGGCAGAGCCCAGCCAGACCGUGGUGGGCACGGAGGAACGCAUCCCCAUCCCGCUCAUGGACUACAUCCUCAACGUGAUGAAGUUCGUGGAGUCCAUCCUGAGCAACAACACCACUGACGAUCACUGCCAGGAGUUCGUGGCCCAGCGGGGGCUGCGGCCGCUCGUCACCAUCCUGGGGCUGCCCAACCUGCCCGUGGACUUCCCCACCUCUGCGGCCUGCCAGGCCGUGGCUGGGGUCUGCAAAUCCAUCCUGACUCUCUCCCACGAGCCCAAGGUGCUGCAGGAGGGGCUGGUGCAGCUGGAGGCCGUGCUGUCGGCGCUGGAGCCGCUGCACCGGCCCAUCGAGGCCCCGGGAGGCUCGGUGCUGCUGCGGGAGCUGGCCGGGGCUGGGGCAGUGCCCGAUGCCACCCUCUCAGCCCAGGCCACCCCCCUGCUGCACGCCCUGACCGCCGCCCACGCCUUCAUCAUGAUGUUUGUGCACACCUGCAGGGUGGGACAGAGUGAGAUCAGGGCCAUCUCAGUGAACCAGUGGGGGUCCCAGCUGGGGCUGAGCGUGCUGGGCAAGCUGAGCCAGCUCUACUGCUCGCUGGUGUGGGAGAGCACCGUGCUGCUGUCCCUCUGCACCCCCAACAGCCUCCCCCCAGGCUGUGAGUUUGGCCAGGCUGACAUGCAGAAACUCGUGCCCAAGGAGGAGAAAACGGCCCCCAGCCCCCCCCAGAGUGGCCGCAGGGCAGAGGGUGAGGCGGAGGGCCCAGGCCCUGUGGGGGGGGCGGGCAGUGACCCCCCCCCAGCCCAGGGGCUGCUGGAGGGGAUGGGGCUGGAGGGGGAGCCCCUGGCCCCCAUGGAGACGGACGAGCCCAGCGCCAGCGACCCCAAAGCCAAGGCCAAGAUCACCCCGGCCAUGGCCGCCCGCAUCAAACAGAUCAAACCCCUGCUCUCCGCCUCGUCGCGGUUGGGCCGGGCGCUGGCCGAGCUCUUCGGGCUGCUGGUCAAGCUGUGCGUGGGCUCCCCGGUGCGGCAGCGCCGCAGCCACCACGCGGCCGCCGCCGCCCCCGCGCCCACCGCGGCCGCCCGCGCCACGGCCUCGGCGCUGACCCGCCUGCUGACCAAGGGGCUGAGCUGGCAGCCGCCCCCCUACACCCCAACGCCGCGCUUCCGGCUGACGUUCUUCAUCUGCUCGGUGGGGUUCACGUCGCCCAUGCUGUUCGACGAGCGCAAGUUCCCCUAUCACCUCAUGCUGCAGAAAUUCCUCUGCUCCGGCGGCCACAACGCCCUCUUCGAGACCUUUAACUGGGCAUUGUCCAUGGGGGGCAAGGUGCCGGUGGGGGAGGGUCUGGAGCACCCCGACCUGCCGGACGGCACCGGUGAGUUCCUGGACGCGUGGCUGAUGCUGGUGGAGAAGAUGGUGAACCCCAGCACCGUGCUGGAGUCCCCCCAUGCGCUGCCUGCCAAGGCCCCCCAGCACGGACACCCCCCCUUCAGUGCCCUGCGCUUCCUCGUGGUCACCCAGAAGGCUGCGUUCGCCUGCAUCAAGCAGCUGUGGCAGCGGCGGCCGCUGAAGGUGUACGGCGGCCGCAUGGCCGAGUCCAUGCUGGCCAUCCUGUGCCACAUCCUGCGGGCAGAGCCGCUGCUGCGCGAGCGCCUGGGCCGCGAGCGGGAGGGACCCGCGCCCGACGAGCCCGGGGGCGACGAGGGGGGGACCCGCAGGGAGCCCCACGUCAACCAGCAGCAGCUGCAGCAGCUGAUGGACAUGGGUUUCUCGCGGGAGCACGCCAUGGAGGCGCUGCUCAACACCAACACCAUGGAGCAGGCCACGGAGUACCUGCUCACCCACCCCCCCCCGCUCAUGGGGGGCUCAGCACGGGACCUGAGCAUGUCGGAGGAGGAUCAGAUGAUGAGAGCCAUCGCCAUGUCCCUGGGCCAGGACAUCCCCAUGGAGCAGCGCGCCGAGUCCCCGGAGGAGGCCGCGUGCCGCAAGGAGGAGGAGGAGCGGCGGGCGCGGGAGCGGCAGGAGGAGGAGGAGGCCAAGUGCCUGGAGAAGUUCGAGGGGGCCGAGCCCCUGGAGGCGGCCGAGCUCGGGGCCUUCACGGACUCGAUGCUGCCCGGCUGCUCGCAGCUGCUGGACGAGCUGCCGGACACCGUGUACCGCGUCUGCGACCUGCUGAUGACGGCCGUGCGCCGCAACGGCCCGGCCUACCGGGACAGCGUGCUCAAACAGGUGGUGCAGCAGGUGUGGGAGGCGGCCGAUGUCCUGAUCAAGGCGGCCGUGCCGCUGACCACCAGCGACACCAAGACGGUGUCGGAGUGGAUCAGCCAAAUGGCCACCCUGCCCCAGGCCUCCAACCUGGCCACGCGCAUCCUGCUGCUCACCCUGCUCUUCGAGGAGCUGAAGCUGCCCUGUGCCCGCGUGGUGGAGUCCAGCUGUGUGCUGGACGUGCUGAUCAAGCUGCUGGAGGUGGUGCAGCCCUGCCUGCAGGCUGCUAAGGAGCACAAGGAGGUGCAGACCCCCAAGUGGAUCACCCCUGUGCUGCUGCUGAUCGAUUUCUACGAGAAGACGGCCGUGUCCUCCAAGCGGCGCGCGCAGAUGAACAAGUACCUGCAGGCCACCGGCAACAACUGGCGCUGGUUCGACGACCGCUCGGGCCGCUGGUGCAGCUACAGCGCCAGCAACAACAGCACCAUCGACGCGGCCUGGCGGGCCGGAGAGCCCAGCGUGCGCUUCACGGCCGGCCGGCGGCGCUACACCGUGCAGUUCACCACCAUGGUGCAGGUGAAUGAGGAGACCGGGAACCGGCGCCCGGUGAUGCUGACGCUGCUGAGACCCCCCCGCGCCGGGAAGGGCCGUGAGGAGGGGGGGACCGAGGACCCUGAGGGGAAGAGCAAGGACGAGACCCCUGCUGCAGACCCUCCCUCUACAGACGAAGACCCCCCCUCCACCACCACCACCACCAGCGCCACCACUCCCACCGCCCCCUGCCCAUCCCCUCCUUGCCCCACGCCGACCCCCGAGGAGCCCCGGGACGACGCCGACGCCGAGGCUCCGGUGCGGGGCCUGGCGGAGGAGGCGGUGCCGGCCGUGCUGCGGGCGUGCGUCAGCAUGCUGGGGGUGCCCGUGGACCCCGACACGCUGCACGCCACGCUGCGCCUGUGCCUGCGCCUGACGCGGCAGCACAAGCACGCGCUGCUGUUCGCCGAGCUGCGCUCCACCCGCACCAUCCUGGCGCUCACGCAGAGCUCCGGCUUCACCGGCUUCACCCCGCUGGUCACCCUGCUCUUCCGGCACAUCAUCGAGGACCCCUGCACGCUGCGGCACACCAUGGAGAAGGUGGUGCGCUCAGCAGCCACGAGCGGGGCGGGCAGCACCACCUCGGGGGUGGUGUCGGGCAGCCUGGGCUCUCGGGAGGUGAAUUACAUCCUGCGGGUGCUGGGCCCCGCCGCCUGCCGCAGCCCCAACGUCUUCACCGAGGUGGCCACGGGCUGCAUCCGCAUCGCCCUGCCCGCGCCACGCGGCUCCGGCACCGCCUCUGACGACGAGUUUGAGAACCUGCGCAUCAAGGGGCCCAACGCGGUGCAGCUGGUGAAGACCACGCCGGCCAAGGCGGCCGCGCUGCCGCCCAUCCCCGAGCCCAUCCGCGACGUCAUCUACGACAUGCUCAACGCCCUGGCUGCCUACCACGCCCCCGACGAGGGUGACAAGGGGGACCCCAAGAGCGCGGCGCCCAGCGAGGUGAGCCAGCUGCUGUCGGACAUCGGGGACGACAUGUACCAGCAGUACCGCAGCCUCACCCGCCCCCCCGCCGACUUCGACCCCCCCGCCGGCUUUGCCAUCAACGCCCAGGUUUUCGCUGCUGAUGGAGCCGCGGCCGAGACGCCGCCCUCGGGAACCCCCCAGGGAGAAGCGUCCAGCCCCGAGGAGGGCCGCGAGGGCCGCAAGGAGAAGGAGGGCGAGCGCGGCGAGGAGCGGGGCCGGGCGCGGGGCUCCAAGCCCCUGAUGCCCACCUCGACCAUCCUGCGGCUGCUGGCCGAGCUGGUGCGCUCCUACGUGGGCAUCGCCGCCCUGAUCGCCAACUACAGCUACAGCGUGGGCCAGUCCGAGCUCAUCAAGGAGGACUGCAGCGUGCUGGCCUUUGUCCUGGACCACCUGCUGCCCCACCAGCAGAACGCCGAGGACAAGGACACGCCGGCGCUGGCGCGGCUCUUCCUGGCCAGCCUGGCCGCGGCUGGCAGCGGCACCGAUGCCCAGGUGGCCCUGGUCAACGAGGUCAAGGCCGCCCUCGGCCGCGCCCUGGCCAUGGCUGAGAGCACUGAGAAACAUGCCAGGCUCCAGGCCGUCAUGUGCAUCAUCAGCACCAUCAUGGAGUCGUGCCCGUCCACCUCGAGCUUCUACAGCAGCGCGGCCAAGCCGCCCCACAACGGCAUGAACAACAUCAUCCGCCUGUUCCUCAAGAAGGGGCUGGUCAACGACCUGGCCCGUGUGCCCCACAGCCUCGACCUGUCCAGCCCCAACAUGGCCAACACGGUGAACGCGGCGCUGAAGCCGCUGGAGACGCUGUCGCGCAUCGUGAACCAGCCCAGCGGGCUCUUCGGGGCCAAGGGCUCCUCCAGCAAGAGCAAGGCCGAGGGCAACGGGGGCGCCCGCGAGGCGGGGGCCGCGCCCCCCGAUGGAGGGGACCCCGGGGACCCCGAGCCCCCCGAGGAGGAUGCGGAGGCGGCGCAGGCUGAGGCGGCCGACGGGGACAUGGACGGCGAGGCCGAGGGGGACACGGUGGUGCUGGCCGGGCAGCCCGAGGGGCUCAGCACCCAGGAGAUGCAGGUGGAGAACGAGCUGGAGGAUCUCAUCGACGAGCUGCUGGAGAGGGACGGCGCUGACGGCAACAGCACCAUCAUCGUGAGCCGCUCAGCCGAGGACGAGUCGCAGGAGGACGUCCUGAUGGACGAGGCUCCGUCCAACCUCAGCCAGGCCUCCACGCUGCAGGCCAACCGUGAAGAUUCCAUGAACAUCCUGGACCCCGAGGAUGAGGAGGAGCACACGCAGGAGGAGGACAGCAGCGGCAGCAAUGAGGAUGAGGAUGAUAGCCAGGAUGAAGAGGAGGAGGAGGAAGAGGAGGAUGAGGAUGAUCAGGACGAUGAGGAGGGUGAGGAAGGUGAGGAGGAGGAGGAUGAUGAUGAUGGCUCGGAGAUGGAGCUGGAUGAGGAUUACCCCGACAUGAAUGCCUCGCCCCUCGUGCGCUUCGAGCGCUUCGACCGCGACGACGACCUCAUCAUCGAGUUUGACAACAUGUUCUCCAGCCCCACCGACAUCCCGCCGUCCCCCGGGAACAUCCCCGCCAGCCACCCUCUGCUGGUGCGGCACGCGGAGCACGGGGGGCUGGGGCUGGGGGCCGGCCCGGGGGGCGCCCGCCUGGCCCAGGGGCUGGGCCGGAGCCAGCGCACGCUGCGGCAGCUCACGGCCAACGCCGGCCACACCAUCCACGUGCACUACCCGGGGGCACGGCAGCCAAACCCCCCCCUGAUCCUGCAGCGGCUCCUGGGCCCCUCGGCGGCCGCAGACAUCCUGCAGCUGAGCAGCAGCCUCCCGCUGCAGAGCCGGGGCCGGGCGCGGCUGCUGGUGGGCAACGAGGACGUGCACAUCAUCGCCCGCUCCGACGACGAGCUGCUGGACGACUUCUUCCACGAGCAGGGCAGCGCGGGCAGCCAGGCAGGGACCCUGUCCAGCAUCCCCACGGCCCUGACGCGCUGGACUGAGGAGUGCAAGGUCCUGGACGCCGAGAGCAUGCACGACUGCGUGUCCGUGGUCAAGGUGCCCAUCCUGGCCCGGCUGGAGGCGCUGCGGGACGAGGAGCUGGACGAGCGGCGCGAGAAGCGCCGGCGCCAGGCGGCCGAGGACGAGGCCAAAGGCGCCGAGCGCGGCCCCGAGGACAAGGACGGGGCAGAGGCCCAGGACACGGCGUCCAAAGCCGGCCCCGCUUCGGCCGACGUCACCCCCCCAGAACACAGCGGGACCCCGGGAGAGACCCCCCCUCCCGGUCCCCACCGGACACUGGUGAUGCUGGAACCGACGCCGACCCCCCCAGACCCCCCCCCAGGAGCCCCCCAAAUCCCCGCUCGCCCCCCCCCAGCCCCCCGAACACGAAGAGGGGGGGCCUGGACGACCCCCCCAAGAUGCCGAGGCCACUCAGAUGGAGCUGUCACCCGCCCCCACCAUCACCUCACUGUCCCCGGAGCGGGCGGAGGACUCGGACGCGCUGACGGCCGUGAGCAGCCAGCUGGAGGGGUCCCCCAUGGACACCUCGAGUUUGGCCUCCUGCACCUUGGAAGAGUCUGGGGGGGCUUCCUCCGCCCCCACAGCUCCCCAAAACCCCCCCGGAACCCCCCAAGGACCCCCUCCCGCUCCCCCCGACACCGCUCAGCCUCCGGACGAUAGCUCCCCCCCGGCCUCAUCCUCGGAGAGUUCGUCUACCCGGGACUCGGCCGGGGCCAUUUCUGGGGCCGACUCGCGGGGGAUCCUGGAGGAGCCGCUGCCGUCCACCAGCAGCGAGGAGGAGGAUCCGCUGGCCGGUCAG